AACAUACAUGAAGGCCAGACUAACCAGGGAGAUCCCUCACUGGGAAGAGUACAUUCAAGCCCUCAACAGCAGAUUUGGAACCUUACUCUUCGAAGACCCCAUGUCCGAGUUGAUGAAUCUGAAACAGACCGGACCACUACAAGACUUUUUGGACCAGUUUGAUGUAUUAAUGAACAGUGUGGAUCUUUCAGAAACUCAAGCAGUGAGUUGUUUCUUAGGGGGGGUAGAACCAGAAAUCGCAAUUCCCAUUCGAAUAUUUAAGCCCAAAACCAUGAUGGAAGUAGUACGUUUAGCCAAGUUACAAGAACAAUCUAUGGAAAUGAACUCACCAAGGAAAAACACAACUCAACCACCUAUUCGAGCCACUUACACUCACCACAGACCCAACCCUUUACCUCUUAACCGAAACCCCACUCACACCCCCCACUUCCAACCGCCCAAACCUCACCAUAACCCUCACUACUCACCCCAUAUCCUACCAAAACCAAACAAUUACCCACCUAGAAAUCCAUCCAUGAGCCCAAACCGAAGAAUACCCAACCAAGACCUAGAUGAGCGUAGAGCUAAAGGGCUUUGUUUUUGGUGUGAUGAGAAGUACUCUAGAGAUCAUCACUGCCCCAAAAGAAGACAAAUGUAUGUGAUGGAGAUUGGGGAUGAGGAAGGAAGCCCUGGAAGUGAGCUUGAAUCUCAUUCUAUUAUAACAUCAGAGGAUAAACAAGAGUGGGAAGGGGAUGAACCCAUCUCUCAUGUGUCUGUUCAUGCUAUCACUAGAGCUCAUGAUUUUAAAACCAUGAGGUUAAAAGGAUCAGCAAGAGGAAAGACCAUUAGAAUCUUGAUAGACAAUGGAGCUACCCACAAUUUCAUUGAUUUGGAAACUGCUAAGUUGUUGGGGUGUAAGUUGAUGGAGUCUAAGCCCUUCUCAGUGACUGUGGCUGGGGGAAACAGGCUGAGAAGUCAGUACAAAUGCAUAGACUUUGUGUGGAAGAUACAUGGAGUGGAAUUUACAGCAGAUGUGAUGACCCUACCCUUGGGCACUUGUGAUCUAGUACUGGGAAUACAUUGGUUAACAACUCUGGGGGACAUAGUUAGUAACUAUCAAGAACUGAAAAUGGAGUUCAAUUAUGGGGGCAGAAAGGUGAUGCUUAGAGGCCUCCAUCAGAACAAUGUUAAGAUGGUUUCCAACAAAAAAACUCAAUAG